AUGGUUCCCUACGACAUUCCCACGCAUCGACGGCGUCGAAGGUCCAAAGGACCAAGCGGCUUUUAUGCUUCCAGUGCUCAAGCAGCAGGCAUUCCCGACUCACAGCGCGGACUUCGGAGAAGUGGGAGAUAUACAUGGAGUGUGUCUCUGCAGGCUUUUGCUAAGAAGCCAUCAGCAGCCACAGGCGCUGACAUACCAGCAUUGCUGGACUGCAACAUCCACGGAGAAAUCAAGCUUGGGAAGGACGUGGAAGCUAUCGUUGUGCCAAAGAGUUCAACACGUGACAAGGCGAUGCUGUUAAAACUACGGAGCAUUGCCACGUUGAACUUGGUGCCAAUGCUAUCUAUGGAAGCGUGCCCCAUAGUAGUGAAGAACGACAGCUGGAAGCGCAGCAUACGCCACUUGCAGCACGAGGUUCUGCUCAACAAGACCGCUCUUGGAAACACAUAUGGGCAAAUAUGA